AUGUCAGUUUCCGGAUCAUCGAGCAGCUCGGAUUUGACCCGGCGAUUGAAAGCAAUCAGUGAUGUGGAGCAGAAAAUUGGUGAACUGAUGAAGCACGCGCAGACAUGUAUUACGGAACUGAGUAAGGAGAAACAGAUCAGUAAAUCGAAGAUGGAGGAGACAUCUUCGGCAUUCAAGAAAUGCCUCAAUGCGAUCGAGCGCGACCUGAAUGAGCAGAUGCAAUACCUCAGUCAUGUGUGCGUUGGUACUGCGCAUCAAGGAUCCACGUACGGCAGUCAGCAGAGCAUAGCAUUAGCCGAACAGACACUGGAAUCUCUGAAAGAUCGUCUUCUUUCCAUCCAGCAAACAUACGUCCCCAUAAUGAAUGAUUUCCCGAUAUCUCAAAGAUGA